UCGUCUUCAGUCAUUUCUAUUUUUAUUGAAAAAAUUUUUAAACUUGCAGAAUUCUUCGACAAACAAGUGGUUAAAUCGGGGGGAUUUUUUAAAAUUAAAUACUUCAUACUGCUAAUCCUUUGUUUAUUUUCUGGGAAACUUGCCACAAAUUAAAAUCUUAUAUUUUAUAAGAAUUUCGGCUAACAGUAAUAAUCUGAACAAUUAUGAUGACAAAACUCACUUACACCCCUGUUAUAACCAAAAAAUAGAGGGCCUCUUAUACUGAAGAUUUAUUAAUGAGAGUUUUAGCACAUCUUUGAGGGGUGUAUACAAAAUAGAGUUAUCUGUAUCAAUUAAUUAUUCUCAAUUUUAGACAUUAUGGUCAGUUUGCGUAACAGUAAUAAUCGGAACAAUAAUGAUGAUAUUGGCUCUAGUUAUGACUGUUGCUGGAUAUUUCGAUAGCGAUUAUUUUGUCCCAGAAACUUCUCAAAACGGAAAUACCUCAAAGGAUAAAGAAAAGCCUGUUGGUUGGCUUCGUUUUAUAUUGAAGAGUAUGCAAUAUGUUGGCCCUAUUUUAAUGGGUCUUGGAAUGUUUCUGCUAAUUGUUGCUUGUGUAAUUACUCUAGAAUCUCGAGAUCGGCACGCCCAGAUUGGUGUGGGGAUAAAUUGAGGGAGAAAUAUAUUGGGGAAUUUUAAUUAAUUAAGAGGACGUUUGGAGGGGGGGGGGGGGAGGAGGGUUAAAAGUUGUAAUAAAUAUUGCCUGAAUACGAGAUCACAGGUUUAAUUCUUAACUAGAGCAAGGCUUUUGCUUAGCUUUUACUUCAACAAUUGAUCCCUUCCAAAGCUCCACUACUUGUAAAUUUUUUUUUGAAAAUUGGAUUUUCAUUAAAAAAUGAAAAAGAUAACCAUCGAAAACCGAAACGUCCAAAUCCAUAUUUAAAAAUUUAAAAAAAU